CAGAGAAGGGGGUGCCCUCGAGGACGGAGGGGGCGGGAGGAAGGAGGAAGAGACCGAAGAGGGGACGCAGUUGGAGGACCUGGAAUUUCUGACAUCCUUUCUGCAACACUUCCUGGCAGUUCUUUCCCGCCACCCCGUAUUUGUCCUGGCUGUGCAGCGUCCGCAGCUUGAAGGUCCGGGGCCUCUUGGACAUUGUAGACCUCUGAAGAAACACUUUUCCCAGAGCCGAGCCCGAGGAUUGCUCAGCCGAGCCGUCGGAACCCAGCUGAGCUAUCCAGCCAGUCGGCCCGCGGGGAUCAGGACUCGUGCAGCCAAGGAACAAAACAACUAAAAGCAAGUCACCUUGCCCUGGGGGAAAAACUACAUUACCCAGACGACUUUGGGACUUCGUCUUUCCCCUCUCCCCCCGCGCAGGUGCACAAGGGCCUGGCAGGAGGGAACGGGGAGAAGGAAAACUACACUUCCCAGAGGGCGCCGUAGUUUCGUCCCCUUUGCGCAGCCCAACUGUACAGAAUGCCACACAAGAUUGGGUUUGUAGUCAUCAGUUCAUCUGGGCACGAAGAUGGUUUCAGUGCAAAAGAAUUAAUGGUCCAUGCACCGACUGUUAAUGGAUGGAGAUCACCAAGAUUUUGCCAGUUUCCCCAAGAAAUUGUCCUUCAGAUGGUGGAGAGAUGCCGGGUUCGAAAACUUCAGUUACUUGCUCACCAGUAUAUGAUUUCCAGUAAAAUUGAGUUCUACAUUAGUGACUGUUUGCCUGAAUACUUUGCACCAUAUCAAGCAGAGCGGUUUCGAAGGCUUGGUUAUGUGUCCCUCUGUGACAAUGAAAAGACAGGAUGUAAGGCUCGAGAGCUAAAAUCAGUUUAUGUGGAUGCUGUAGGACAAUUUCUCAAGUUGAUUUUUCAUAAAAACCAUGUCAAUAGAUACAACUUAUAUAGCCAGGUUGCUUUAGUGGCAGUUAAUAUCAUUGGGGACCCUGCAGAGUACAGUGAUGAAAGCAAUAUUACCUGCAGAGAGAAGUUGAUUGACCAUUAUCUUGGACAGAGUUCAGAGGAUUCAGGAUUAGAUGGCUCAUAUGUUGGGAAACCCGACUACAUUUCUCCCUUGGAUGACUUAGCCUUUGAUAUGUACCAGGAUCCAGAAGUUGCACAGAUAAUCCGCAGAUUAGAUGAGAAGAAACGAGAAGCUGUCCAAAAGGAGCGCUAUGAUCAUGCCAAGAAACUGAAACAGGCCAUUGCUGAUCUACAAAAGGUUGGGGAACGGCUUGGCAGAUAUGAUGUAGAAAAGCGCUGUGCUGUGGAAAAAGAAGACUAUGACCUGGCCAAAGAAAAGAAGCAACAGAUGGAGCAGUAUCGCACCAAAGUAUACCAGCAGCUGGAGCUGCACAAUCUCUUGGAUUCUGAGAUGAUUCGAAAGCCUUUUGAUUUUCCCCUCGCGCCUCUAGUCUGUUCUGGCAGCCCCUGCCUGCAGAAAUCUAUACAGUCACCUCUGCGUCAAGAGGAGCGAACAGGAGAAAAACCCUACGUGGAACCAUUCCCUUCAGCCAAGCCUCAGCUUCAUAAUUCUCUGAAUGUUCCCCCUAAGCAGCAAGCCAUUGUGGGCCAGCUAUCAGCCUCAAAUUCUCUUUCAAAGAUCAAUGUUGAUUUAUUGCCUUAUGAUGAAAGACCUCUUCCAGCUGUUCUUAAGCAACAAGGAGAAACGUAUGUAGAACCAGAGAAGACUGAAGAAGAUGUCAGUAUAAUUCCAAAAGGCACCAUUGCAGGAGAGCCAGAGCCCUUGACCGAGAAAGCAAUGAGAGAAGCCAGUUCUACCAUUGAAGUGCUGGGAGAAACUCUGGUUGCCGGAGCUUAUUCUAAGACCUGGUCAUACCGAGAAGAUGCAUUGCUCUCAUUAUAUAAUAAACUAAUGACAAUGCCUAUUGGGACGUCAAAAGAAGACCUGAAGAACCUUCUCAGAGCCUCCAUCUUUCUGAUAAGAAGAGCCAUCAAGGAUCUCGUGCCUUCAGUCUUUCAAGCAUCACUGAAAUUACUAAAAAUGAUCAUCACACAAUACAUUCCUAAGCAUAAGCUUGGUAAGCCAGAAACCACCCUCUCCGUGGAGAAGACUCUUCCCAAUCUGCUGUCUAGAACUGGGGACUCUUCUGCUCGCCUCCGCAUCAUAGCAUCGAACUUUAUUCAGGAACUGGCUCUGUGUAAGGAAAUUAAGCCCCUCCAAAUUAUUCCAAUUUAUUUAGUUCAGCCACUAAAACAGAAUUCUUCAACUCAUCUGGCAAUGAGUCAAACGGACUUAUUAGCACGUUUGUUAAAAGACCUGGGAACUGAAAACUCUGGAUUUACUGUUGACAACGUUAUGCGGUUUUCAGUGAGUGCCCUGGAGCACAGAAUCUAUGAAAUACGAGAAAUUGCUAUUAAAAUUAUUUUGGACAUGUAUAAGACACAUCGGACCCUAAUUCUCGAAUACCUGCCCAUGGAUGACGGCAACACUCGCAAGAACAUUCUCUAUAAGACGAUUUUUGAGGGAUUUGCAAAAAUAGAUGGCAAAGCAACAACAGUGGAUGUCAGGGUUCAAAAAAAAGCAGCAACAGAAGAAGCAGAAAAACAAAAGAAAGAAGAAAUAAAAGUUCUGCAGGUCCAGCUGGCAGCACUGAGAGAGAUUCAGGGAGAAACUCAAAUCGAAAAGGACAGAGAGAGUGACGCAGGAAAGCUGAAGAACCAAGAUGACCCCCAAAGGAAAGCAGUUCAUCCUAAUGCUCCAGACAUCGCUGAUGAUCGUGCCUCUGUUGCGAAUUAUUUGGAUUAUCUUUGCAUCUUUUGCGGGGAAAGAGAUGAAUCAUUCACAGAAGAAGGCUUGGAUCUCCAUUACUGGAAGCAUUGUCCUAUGUUGACAAGAUGUGAACACUGCAAACAGGUAGUUGAGAUAGCCAGUCUGACAGAGCACCUGCUGACAGAGUGUGACAAAAAAGAUGAGUUUGGAAAGUGUCAUCGCUGCUCGGAAGCUGUCUUUAAGGAAGAGUUACCCAGACACAUAAAAAUCAAAGCUUGCAAUCCUGCAAGAUCAGAAAAGCUUGCAAACCGGUGUCCAUUGUGCCAUGAGAAUUUUACACCAGGAGAGGAGGCCUGGAAGUCUCACCUGACAGGGCCCGCGGGCUGCACAAUGAACCUGCGCAAGGCGUACUACUUGCAGAAGACACAAGCCACACAGCUGGGGAAAGCAGUAGACUCAGUGAUGGCCAAAUCGGGCACUUCAGGAUCCAAAUUUGGAAGCAAGAUCCCCACCCCAAAAGGAGGCCUGAAUAAAACCACUAGCAGGGCACACACAAAACGAUGACAUGACAAAUGUUCUGUUUCUCUUGGCUCCAUAAGUGACUGAGCAAGUUUUGAUUCCAUCACAUUUCUUGUAAAUCAAUCUCAUGGAUAUGGCCUUAUCCAGUCCAUCUUUCCUGAAUUGCAGGUGGCUGUUCCUCUGCCAUAAGUAGCAUCCCCGAGUUACCAUCCCUCAUUCAGUCCUGAUGUAGUGACAUGUAUGUACUCAACCAGAGGAGCUGCAUCUCAGAUUCCAAGCGUGGGAGGCCGAUGGCAUUCGAACCUUCCCAAUGUCUGAUCCUCCCUUGGAGAACAAAAGGAAUGCCAUUGUCUUAGAACAAAAUCAGAAACCACUUAAGUUGAGGGCUUUAGGAGCAGCUGACUGGUAGGACAGGGAGCCAGGGAGGGACACAGCACAACAACAUCCUUUUGGAGUUGCUCUCAGAAUCUUAAAAGUAAAGAACGUGCACUUUGCCAACCUCUCUCCACCAAACUUGCUUCUCUCUUUGUGGUACAAAUGAAGUGAACCUUGUUGCUUCUUGACCCUGGCCCAGUACGGCUUUGGGGAGGGAGCUGUUCCCGUCAUCUUAGACCCGAGCUUUGAACUCCUGUCCUGCUUCCUUCUUUAUUGUGGUAUUGUGUGUUCACACUCUGUCAGACUUAGGGAGAUGGGGCCACCCAGCAUCCCAUUACAAGCUGUCAAAGAAAGGAGAAGUAAGAAAGAAAAUCUCCAGGAGAAAGCCACUGAGGAGUCAGGUCACAAAACUGGGCAGAAAAAUCCGCGAGUAGCUUUCUGCCCAUUUUGCUCUGUGGGCAGCAAGGUUAUCCCUGAUCCUGACUGCAGAGUCAGUUCCCCAAAUGUAAAUAUUAGAACAAGACUUGGAUCCUUAUCAUGCUUUAUUUUUUUUUUUUUUUUGGAGGGAGGAGGGUCUCUCGAGGUCAUUACAUGUGUAAAAUCAUUUUUUUAAAUAACAAAAGUGCUUUCUGAUAUGUGAUCAUCUGACUGCAUGUAAAUCAAACUGAUACUACUUUAAAAAAUUAAAUAAAAUUUGGGGCUGGUUAUAUUUUAAUCUGACACCGAAUACCUUCCCCAAAAUGCUUACUACAUACACAAACGUGUAUCUGAUAUUUAUGCAGCAGAGUUAAGCACAUAACUAAUUUGGGACUGACAUUCCAUCCUUGACCUUCUAAUAACCAUAAUUCCAAAUGGAGAUUUACCUUUCAAAAGGAAGAAAAUGGCCCUUUAAUAUACUAAAACUUUUUUUUUCAAGAAUAUAAAAAGGGAAAAAGCUUUCAAAACUGAUGUGCUCUGACCCAUUAUUCAGACACAUUCCUGUGACAAUACCUCACUAAAUUAAUAGGUUUCCUCAUAAUAGUUAUUGCCAGAGAGUCUUUCUUUAUAGAGGAAUAGCAAUGCAAAACCAGCCAGUAUUUGACUAAAGUAAUUUUUCUGACUGUAUGGGUAUUCUGCCUGGAGAUUAAAAAAAAAAAAAAGUUAUUUCUUAAGUCUUCUGAUGGGUUAAGAACCUAGAAAGAAACUGUCACCAGAACAUCUAAAUUAAGAUCAAGAAUCCUGCUUUUCCCUGGAAAAUAUACUCUUAAUGCUUUCAAAAAAAGCUGGCAAAAUGAAUUAGUGACAGGUGGCACCCUGUUGGAGAUUUUUAAUUGCUAAUUAAGAAUUAGCUUAUAUGAUUGGAGACAUUUUUUGUUUGGUUUGCUUCUCUGUAACGAGAAAGGUCUCCUAAGCAUCAGAGGGAAGCAUUCUUUUUUUUUUUUGGCUUUUGGCUUUUGGCUUUUGGCUGAGUAAUUGUGAAACUUUGUAAAUCCCCUUUGGUAAAGUAACACCUUUUAAGACUAUGAAAGUAAAAACUGCCAUGAAGCUUUCCAUUGACGUAAAGGUACAUUAAAUUAAAAUAAGAAAUGAGACUACAAUGUCCAUACCAAGAAAACGGCAUAAACGUUUUAGUUUUUGUUAGUCUUUUAAUCUCAGAGAUGACGGCUGGCUUUUUCUAAUACCAUAAGUGCAAAUAGACAAAUUGUUCUUUAAGCUAUUUCCAUUUGGUGAAGGAAACAUUUGCCUUUCACUCAGACAACUUUUACAGCUGUUCUCUGUGUGUUCAUAGUAUAAUUAAGCAGUCCUAUUAUCCAAAGAAUGACUUUCUUUUUGGUGGGGAGGGGUGAGGAAAAUCUGGGUGCAAGGUAAGAUAUUAAGUUAUAGAUGAGUCUGUAGUAGGCUGAAGUUGGGUUAUUAAACAGGAAGAUCUCUUGGUAAUGAUCAAUUCCAUUGAGAACCAUAUGUCACUUUUUAGGCUUCCCUAAAGAAAUUGUGUUUUUAAAGGAGCAGAAGAAAAGAUAUCUUGUUAUGUCAUUCAAAAAUGAAACAUUUGCUUAAUAAUGAAUUUUCAAUCAUAAAUAAGUUGGUCUACAUCACAGUAUCCUUUAAGGUAUGGUUCUUUCCAUAUCUGACUAGUAAGAGUAGAGCUUUUAGGUUCAGUUUCAUGUAGCAAUUUUGUGUGUAAUUUUGCUACUUUUUAAUGUCCUAAUUUUCUGUUUUUAUUUUAGGGAAAUAAUAGGGGAAAGGUCACCAAUUCAUAAUUUUGUUCGAGUAAUUUAAAUAUCAAUUUCUCCCCAUUUACAUUUAUUUAAUAAUCUUAUCACCUCAUAAAGUUUUAUAUUUUUAUUCCAAGAGUUUAAGAAAAUAAUUAUGUUAUUAAAAAAAAAAACCUAAGCUUAAGUUAGAUCUAUUCCAGUUAAAUAGCAUCAA